AUGCUGGAUGCUUUCCGCUCCACGGAGGAUAUGCUCGGCCUUUAUGAUUAUGCGAGCAAUACGCGAAGAUGCCGGAAAGAGGAUCCAUGCGGGUGCCCGUUCUCAGCAGGGCCAACGGAGAGGGGUCAAGAUAUAACGCCGUUGGCAUAUGAGGAGCUCUCAGAGGUAUUUAAGGACCACGCCAUAAUGGGGUAUAAAGGUGCGCAUAUGGAUAAUUUGGCAAGCAAAGUCGAGUCUGUUAAGACAAUGUUAAAGGAUAGAAUAGACCUCCACAUCUGA